GCAUGUAAGUUCUUACGCUUGUGCUUCUGGCAAAUCAUCCUUCUUCUACAAUGUCUUGUGUCUGCAAUGACGGCGAAGAGAGUAAGUGGGUGUAAGUCACAGUGACUUGGCGAACAGCAACAAGGACGUUGGUGCGGUCUUCCCCACUAGUGGGCAUGAGCCAGGUAUGAAACCAACGACAAUUCAAUACCACUGGAUUACCACGGUCAUCUCAUCACCGAUAUAAUUGCGUGUCGGAUCCGUUCAAAAGAGGCUUCAUUCGUCGUGAAAUGUGCGACAGACGCUCGUCGGAACAAGAAAGACUUCGAAGAAGGGCCAGAGGGGUGGACAUCAUGUCAGAUCCAGAGCCGUAGCCGGUGCCGCGCUGGCCUCGCGCCCAGGCCCGCGCGCACCGGCGGCCGGUCCGCUGCAUCGAAGAAGAUUUGCGGCCCACCAGCGUAAACACAAAAGCAAGAAAGGCGCACGCCAGUGGCCACGAGGACGACCAAGCAGCCGGAGACUUUGUCGCUGCGUCAUGUAGCACCCACCGUGUACAGCGCUGGACGUGGUCUCCCGAGGCUGGCGGUGCCUCGUAGCUCGACCAUCGUGCAUCCUGUGCCAGCGGCAGGGUCGACCUCUGUGAACGGAACCAAGAAACGCGCGGAGCGAGCACGCCGGUUGAGGAUUCAUCCACUGGUAUGGCGAGAAAGUUGACCGGUUUCUCCACGACCGGAGGUGGUAACCCCGGCGGCGGCGGUGGCGGCGGCUACUACCACCUGCCAAUCACCGACAUUGUAAUCACCAAGCGCGAUGGCCAGAAGGUCAAGACGGUUCAGGUUGUCCGUGCCGACGGUGCCGAUGACGAUCUCAUCGAGAUGUCGUACAUCAGCACCAAGGUGAUCGGCAAGGGGACCUUUGGCGUCGUCCAGCAGAUCAAGCUGGUCGACACGGGCGAAGUGUACGCCGUCAAGUGGGUGCGACAGGACCGCAAGUUCAAGAACCGCGAGCUGCAGAUCAUCCGCUCCCUGUCGCAUCCCAACAUCACGCGCCUGUGCUACUUCUUCUGCACGCUGGACAAGAACAAGGACACCGUCUACCUCAACCUCAUAAUGGAGUACAUACCGGAGACCGUGCACAGGGUCAUCAUGCACUACAGCCGGAACAAGCACACCUUCCCACUGUUCUUUAUCAAGCUCUACAUGUACCAGGUUCUCAGGGGCCUGGCGUACAUCCACAUGCUGGGCAUCUGCCACAGGGACAUCAAGCCCCAGAACCUUCUCUGCGACCCGGACAAGUGCGUCGUCAAGGUGUGCGACUUCGGCUCGGCCAAGAUCCUCAUCAAGGACGAGCCCAACGUCGCGUACAUCUGCUCCCGCUACUACCGAGCCCCCGAACUCAUCCUGGGCGCGACCGAAUACACGACCAUGGUCGACGUCUGGUCGGCCGGCUGCGUACUCGCCGAGUUCUUCAUCGCGAGACCCGUGUUUCCGGGCGACAGUAACCUGGACCAGUUCUCCGAGAUCAUGCGCGUCCUGGGCACGCCCACCGAGGAGCAGGUCCUCCAGAUGAACCCCAACUGGACCGAAUGCCGGUUUCCCAAGCGCAAGGCGGUACCCUGGGAGAAGGUGCUGGACGGCAAAGGCACGCCGAAGGCGAUCGACCUCCUGGCCAGGCUUCUGGACUACGUGCCCAGCAAGAGGAUGACCUGCUUCGACGGAAUGGCGCACAGCUUCUUCGACGACCUGCGUCUCGCAGGGGCCACGCUGCCCGACGGCGGACCGCUGCCACCCCUGUUCAACUUCUCGGCCGAAGAAAUGCAGGUGAAUCCUUCGAUCAACCACCUUCUGCGGCCCCAGCAGGCUGGCUCUUCCAGCAACGCCAUGUCCAGAAAGUCUUCGUUACCGAAGAAGUGACCACUACCACCAGUUGCCCAAUCGAGUGCCUCCUCUGAGCUUGGGUGCCCUCUCAAAACGGCCACGUUCAGUCCUGGACUGGAGCGGAUCAGCUCGGCUCGACUACCUCGUCGGGGGCUUUCAUUCCAAAAACCACCGGGCCCGGGAACAUUAACAUUUUAUUUUUUUUACCUCUUAGUGUUGUCUUGCGUCACAAUGUGGCUCUCUUGUCGCUUCUUUUCCCCUUUUAAUCUUCCCGGCCACAUGAAGUUGUGAGGUGUUUUGAUGACAACGAGAGAAGGAAGAAAAUAUAAGGAAAAAGUGACUACA